GUUCCUGAAGGUUUGAACCGAACAGACAGUGAGUGUUGGGUGUAUAACGAGGAAAGCGGAGACACGAUUACAAUGAAUCUGUAAAUAAAGUCAAGCUCAGUUUCUGGAGACAUGAGACUCGUUGUAUACGCGUUUUUUGCCUUCGCUCUUGGCCUUCUGCUCGUGGGUUUGCGAGAAUUAUUGUUUGGUUUUGAGGAGAACCGAUGCAGCAUGACAUACAUGUUCGAGUAUCCAGAAUUUCGACGUGUGCAGCUCCCGAGGCGCGUCGCCCGCCAGUACCCAUCAUACGGCCUGUAUCUGUAUGGAGAGGGUGCUUAUGCUCAGGAGACCAGAGGACUCAAGCUCACCGGAGCACCUGUGCUCUUCUUGCCAGGGAACGCAGGCAGCUACAAGCAAGCUCGUUCUCUGGGUUCAGUGGCAUUGAGGAAGGCUGAGAACCUUGACAGACAGAUCCAUUUGAACGUCUUCACUAUUGACUUCAAUGAGGAGCUGGUGGCCCUGUACGGGGGCAGUUUGCGUAGACAGACUCAAUUUCUGCAUGAAAGCAUUAAAGCCAUCUUGCGCCUUUACAAGGACCGCCCAGACCCCCCCACAAGUGUAGUUCUGGUGGGUCAUUCCAUGGGUGGAGUGGUGGCAAGAGCGUUGUUCACACUGGCACGCUUUAACCCACGGCUGGUCAGCCUCAUCAUCACCCAGGCCUCGCCCCAUCAGGCACCUGUCCUGUCUCUGGACCCCUACAUUCUGGAGUUUUACUCUACAGUCAGGCAGGGCUGGAACAAAAGAGCGGAGGACCUUCAAAAUGUAACCGUUCUCUCAGUUGGUGGAGGUAACCUGGACUUUCAGGUGCGGUCUGGGUUGACAGUGCUGUCCUGCCCCAUCGAUGACCUCAACAAGAUUUCAGUUGUGGCGACUGCAGUUCCCCGAACAUGGCUUUCCACAGAUCACAUUUCCAUUGUUUGGUGCAAGGAGCUGGUUCUAGCCACAGUUCGUGCAUUCUUUGACCUGAUUGAACCUGAAACUGGGCAGUUCACAGAAAGUCCAGAGGAGCGACUGUCAGUGCUGAACUAUCACUUCUUUAGACACCCUGUGCUGCCUCCUGGAGAAGUGCAGGAUGCUACUGUGACUUUCUCAGCUCCUCCUGAGGCGUGGAAGGAGGUCAACACACUGCGUCUGUUCUACAGUGCCCCAAAGGAAGCUGAAGUUAAGUACUUUCUGUUUGCUCUCUCCAGUCGAAGGAAGGCCUACAGUCAUUUCUACUGCCGCAGUAAUAAUAUGGAAAUGACCAGCUGGCUGUAUGGCUGCACACAGAUGAGUGGAUCCGUGUGUGUUCAAGCAGUAGAUCUGUCAUCUGACACAGAGCUUCUUCCAGCUUACAAAACUGUGGCAGUGAAAAUCAGUGAACUCCUGUCUGUCUCUCAUCUCAUCAUUGAUGCCUCUAACCCAAGUGGAGCACAGUUUGUCGUGGAGUGUGAGCUGCAGAGAGAGGAGAGCUUGACUGUGUCAGUGCAGGUGCCUCAUUUGCUGUCUUUUGGUCUGACUGUCAGUGAGGUCAGCAUUAACUCAUCUGGGCUGCUUCAUACAUUACAGCUGCAAGACUUUCAUCAGGUUUAUCAGGCGUUCAGAAUAACAAUUAUGAGUCACUGCAAAACCACUAAAGACAGACUGCCCAGCGUCUACAGAGUGAGGGUACCUUGGUUUCGUGAAGACUCCUUUGCUAUGUCAAGUACUCCUUCGGUCUCUGAGAUUUACAGCAUGCUUCACAGCAGCCGACCAGACAACACCUCCAGUGCCCUGCUGCAGCUCCACACUGCCCCCAACUGCCAGUACAAGGUGUCAAUUCGGACUUCAUUUCCUAAAGUGCUUGGGCAGAUUCUGCGUUUCUGUGGUCCGCUUCUGCCCGUCUACUCUGCUUUAGCACUUCUCCUGAUGAUCAGGGUCCAGCUGAGCUCUGUCAGAAGAUCAGGACAUCCUGCUGAAAUGCAAGAGGCUAUGAGUAAAUCCUUAGCGAUCCACAAACUGGAGCUGCCGGUCCUCUUGCUGAUUCUUCUGCUCCGGCAAAGCUGGUUUCAGGAUGUCUGGACAUCUUUGGGCCUCCCUGGGGUGGAUGCUCUUCCUCUUAACACAGUGGAGGACCUGUCCCAUGAAAAAGCUUCUGUGCAGGAAUGGCCUCGUCUCGUGUCUCCACUGCUCUGUGUGUUCGGUGCAGCCAUUGCAUUCUGGGGCAGCGCAGUCCUCCGAAUGUCUGUCUGCUUCCUGUCCUUUAUUGUUGCUCCACUACACAGACCUUCAGUGUCACGGGACUGUGGUACAUUUGGUCUCCACACUCAGAUUGUCCUGAUGGUGUGUCUGGGAGUGCUGGGCAGCGUGACAUGUGGAGCUCUGGCUCUGAUGCUCUGUUGUCUCCUUCAUCUCUACAGGGUGCUUAGGUUACAGAUGACAGAGAGAUCACUGAGCCACGUGUUGAACCUGGCACCUCAGAAAGUUUCACACAACACAGAGAAUGGUUUUAACGGCAAUGAUCAUCACAGUAAUGGUAAAGAGUGUAACGGCAGUGCUUUACUGUCAGAAUCAGUACUUCAAGAUGUCAGAGAUGAUCUGCAGCUCCACUUGAGUCUGUCCACAGUGCUGACUCUGACCAUGAUGCUCUGCGCCCCGUCCCUCAUCCACUGGAAGCACAAUCUCAGAUAUUGGCUUCAUUUGGAUCCGGACCCCUGCUGGCCUCACACUGUGCCCCUGCUCAUCAGCUCUGUGCUGCUCAUCAACUGUAACACAAACUCACUCCUCCGCAGUAAACUGAUGCUGAAUCUGACUCUUCGUCUGCUGCUGCCGUUGUGUGUGGGGCUGCUGGUUUUCUGUCCGCUGCACAUUUACAGAGUCACACAUUUCCUGUCUGCAGCUCUGAGCCUUUUUGUCUGUUCUUGUUACUUUUGACCUCCCAGAACACUUUAAACGUGAGUCUGCUUUGAGAUUAGAGCAAGACUCGGGGCUGAGUAGUAAUCCAGACCAGAUUAGACCAAAACAGCCUUAAAACCCAGUGUGUGAGUUCUGUGCGAUCCCAUGGACAUCAGUGGACCAGCACAUCUGGAUCAUGUGACUUGUAUGUCGUCAUUUGUAGCUUCUUGACAGGGUAUUACAUUUGCUAACAGUCAGCGUGUGUGGAUUCAUGAGCAAUACCUCUUGUUCACAUGGUUUCCUAGACACAUUUUAAGCAUUGACAUGAACCAAGUUGGACUUUGAGUCUGUUUAAUCUGUGUCUGGGAAAACAGUGUUGUACUUUGUGUGUGUGUGUGUGAAGUUGGGCAGGGGAAUGUAUCUGUUUGCUUUAAUAACAUUUCCUUAAAGUCAACAUGAACUAAAACAUAAACAUAACUAAAAUGGAUCAGUCAUAU